AUGCGCACCUCUCGCAUAUCGCGCGACACAUCGCGCAUCCUCGCCGCAAGCCGAACGCUACGUCAGACCCGCUCCGGCGCGAAUACACCCGUCCACGAGCCUUCAGACUCGGAACUGAGCUCUGUACCGACCGACGCUGGUUCAGAUGGCGAAUUCGCAACGCCUCAGCCGAAGAGAAGGAAGACAACACGUGGGACGCCUGUCAAAGUCAAGUACGAGACCAACGAGGUCUCUUUGACAAGCAUCACAUCGCCCAAGAAGGAAGCGAAGCCAAAGAAGCCGCGUCGGGCGCCCGCGAAAAAAAUAAAUGGCGCAGGUGGAAGCGUGAAGAUGGAGCCGCCGCCCAACUGGGAGGAGAUUUAUGCUCUGACGCGCGAGAUGCGCAACGAGAACCUCGCCCCGGUAGACACAAUGGGCUGCGAAAGCCUGGCAGACAAGCAACGGACUCCACGCGACCAGCGCUUCCAAACACUCGUCGCGCUUAUGCUGAGCAGCCAGACAAAAGACACCGUCACAGCCGUCGCCAUGCGCGGCAUGCAGGAACGAAUGCCCGGCGGCUUCAACCUCGAAUCAGUCCUGGCCCUCGAGCCCGCUGAGCUGAACAGCAUGAUCAACAAAGUCGGCUUCCACAACCUGAAGACAAAAUACAUAAAGCAAACCGCCGAGCUCCUCCGCUCAAACUUCAACUCCGAGAUCCCCGACACAAUAGAAGGCCUUGUCUCGCUGCCGGGCGUCGGCCCCAAGAUGGCCUACCUCACCAUGAGCGCUGCCUGGGGGAAAGAUGAGGGCAUCGGUGUCGACGUGCAUGUUCACCGCAUAACGAAUCUGUGGGGCUGGCACAAGACACAGAAUCCCGAGCAGACGCGGGCGGCGCUGGAGAGCUGGCUGCCGAGGGAAAGGUGGCAUGACAUUAACAACCUGCUGGUGGGGUUUGGGCAGACUAUUUGUUUGCCCGUGGGCAGGAAGUGUGGGGAUUGCAAGUUGAGUGCGAGGGGACUUUGUCCGAGUGCGGUUGUGGGGAUGAAGAAGAGGGUUAAAAAGGAGACUGUUGUUAAGGCUGAUCCCGAUGGAGAGAAGGUCGUUAAGGAAGAGUUGGUUGUUGCUGAGGUUGGUGAGGUCAAAGCUGAGGCUGGUGAGGUCAAAGCUGAGGCUGUGGAUGUGGCGAUUGGCGACAUCGAGGACAUCGGGCAAGCCCCUCGCCAGCGCUCAUCUCGGAGCAAGACUUGA